ACGAAGUAUCCCAUUGUCUAUUUCCUACGCGCAAAACCCCGGCAAUCCGCUCGCCGAAUUCUCCGCUGUCGCGCGCGACCUUCUUUUUCCGGACCUUGGCGUGCUUUUACCGAACGCUUUUAAGAUGACGAUGAAGCUUGCCUGUCUUCGUUGUAAACGAAAAAAGAUCAAAUGCGACAAAGCAGAGCCGAUAUGCCAUCAAUGUAUUGCCGCCAAGGAAGAAUGCCAUUAUGUAGAGCGAAGACAACGGCCGCGCCAUGCCCACCAAAAGGCUGUCGUGCAGCAUCUCAGCCAGCGACUAGAACAACUCGAGAAGCAGAUUAGCGACGCUGGUGACGAUCGUUCGUCAUCAGUAUCCGAAGUUGUACCCAGGCGCGAUAGCAUCCGAAAGAGCACACCCGUGCCAUCCCCCGAGGCAUCAUUGACUGUGGCUGAUGGCCAGGAUUCAUGGAUUUACCGGCUUGCGACAGACACAAGACGCAGCUUUCAACAUAAAGCUACCCCAGUCGCGACACCGACACCGAGCAUCGAUAACGCAAUGCUGUCCCUCAAUGAGGCGCUCGAAGACCUUGGAAAGCUGAGGGUGCGCACUGAGACGCAUAAUGUGGAUCUCAAUCUAUCUUCAGCAGAAGCGCGGACAUGUAUUGACGGCUUUAUCUCCGUCAUGAGCUCAAUGCUUGCACCAGACGCGUUUGCUCGUUCCAUAAUCGAUACAGAUCUUCUCUACGCGCUUCCCGACAUCAUCAAGUCUCCUUACGUCAACAUCGAUCCUGUGGUCCGCGUUAUGUAUUACAAUGCUCUGUUCUACGGACUGCAGCUGACUGACGGUCCGGGAGGAGAUCUUACGACGAAGGCAUACAUGAAAAUGCUGGAGAGCGUACCCGCUUGGCUUGAAUCUCCGAGUGACACAAAUAUGGACGUACAUAUUGCAGCCCUCUCGGCAUGGACGGCGAUGACUGCGCACGACUACCAACUGGCAUGGAAGUUCCACUGCAAGUCAUGCCAGCACAUCAAGUCGAUCGGCAUAGAUCGCCUAGACACAGUUCCGGCAAAGUCUUUCGAAGAAGAAGCCGAGAGAGAUAUUGGUCGCUACACCUACUGGUAUGUUGUGUCCAUCGACACAUUUUUCCGAUUGUUCUAUGGGAAGCCCACUGUUUUGCGAUGGUCACCAAAUAAAGUCCGCCCACCCCUGCUCUUCCGUCCUGAUAACAUGCAUCCUUCGGCGCUCCAUGUCACCAUCAGUGUCGCAUGGGUACGAUACACACUGUUGACUGUGGAGGCGAUCAGUUACAUUGACAAUCACCCGCCGCACGAUCGCAACAGCUGUGUCCAGAAAGCCGACGAGGCUUGCUCGCAAAUGGAGGACCUCAUUAAAGAAUGGAGAUUAGAGGAAAUGAUGAACGGCAAAGAGACUACAGAUGAUAUCCGCUGUCUUCUUGCAGAUCAUAUCAUGAACAUAUAUGCGACUAUCAUCGGUAUCCAGAGGUUGGUGCAACAGCACCAAACCAGACUUGGACCUAAGGACAUCACCCUCAGAGCCGCACGAAGAGUUCUGAGCAUUAUCCUUGACUUUUAUGCGGACAUCAACCUCAACGCCAAGUUCAAGAGCAUUACAAAUCACUUCAUAACGCUCUACCCUUUCUGCGUCGUGUUCACACUCUAUGAACAUAUUGUGGCGUGUACCAAUCCAGAUGAUUGCGAAAGCGAUAUACAAGCUCUCGAGACAAUUGGCGUCGCCAUGGCACAGAGUUGCACAGAACGCCAGGACUUGGUGCCGUUUGCCAAGACGAUCAACGCACUCAACAGGGUCUCGCGAAUUCUGCAAGACGAGAGACGCAAAGGUCCAGCGACUGUAGACUCUAGCGACAGCGUUGCUCAAGGGAUGAACAUGCCACCAACAAGCCUCGAUACAAUUCAGAACCUGAUGGCCAGCGAACUUCCAGACAUUGAUAUGUCGGCCUUUUCAUCAAUGCCGGACUAUACCGCGAAUGUGGAUGGCGACUUCCAGUCUCUCGGCUUCUUCAGGGCGCUGGAAAAUGACUUUGUCACGCGGAAUUGGCAGACUGACUGGUGGGAUCUUGGUGGUGGUGCGGACGGCGCCAUGAGCCAGAUGCCAGAAACAGAUCCCGCGGGCUUUCCAUACCACACUCCAAACACAUGAGGGCGAGGUAUCAAUGACACUAGGCCUUGAAGGAGCGAUGAGACACUUUGGGGACAUUUGGGUGUAUAUACAAUUGUUCAUAAAUCUGUAUCAUAAGUGUUGUACGGUAGAGAUGUACGGAUUGCUUACGCAAUGGGGAUCUUGAGCUCACUUCACUAGAUGAAAACCUACAUCGGUAACCUCUCGGCAUGUGAAGGUACAACGCGAAAUACUCAGUAGACCAGCUCAGCCGCACCCUACCCCAUGUCAGCACUU